AUCAGAAGCAAGUUCGCUGUAGUUACUACAGAGCAGAACCGAACUUACUGAAUGAAGCGACAGCUAUGGCCACCAGUCCGUUGCUUCAGGAGUGCAUUAAAUUAGCCGAAGAUCUGCUAGCACGGGUGGAUAAGCUGUGUAACGGUCAGGCUGAAGAAAUCGAAGGCCGUGCCAAACUCGGCAGCAAACUCCGCGCUGAGCUCAGAUUUCUUCAUAAAGUUAAAGCUGGACAGGUCACUAUCAAAGAGAGUCACUUACAGAGCACCAAUCUGACCCACCUCCGAGCUAUCGUAGAGUCUGCCGAGAGCCUUGAGAACGUCGUGAGUGUUUUGCACGUCUUCGCUUACCAGGGUCAGGAUGGUAGAAAGCAAACGCUGGUGGUGGACGUCGUGGCCAACGGCGGGCACACUUGGGUGAAAGCUAUCGGGCGCAAAGCAGAGGCUUUACACAACAUUUGGCAGGGCAGAGGGCAGUACGGUGAUAAAAGUGUGAUCAGGCAGGCGGAGGAUUUUCUGGAGGCAAGUUGCCAGCAACCUGUUCAGUACUGCAACCCUCAUAUCAUCUUCGCUUUUUAUAACGGCGUCUCCUGCCCCAUGGCAGACAGACUCAAAGAGAUGGGCAUCUCUGUCAAAGGGGACAUUGUCGCGGUAAACAGCGUGGUUGAAGAGGAGGACGAGGAUGAUGACGAUGAAGACGAGGAGGAAGAAGACGUAGGUGGUUUUGGACAAGAUGAGCAUGAUGCUGAGCAUGAUAGUGAUAAAGUUGAGGAGGAGGAUGAUGAUGAGGGGCAAGUUCUGCACACCCGGGUGGACCGAGACACCAUUGUGGCAAGUCUGGCAUUUCCGACUGAUGUGAAAAUAGCCGAAUGCCAACGUGUCAACCUGGAUAUUACCACCCUCAUCACAUAUGUGUCAUCUUUGAGUCAUGGAAACUGCCACUUCACGUUCAAGGAGCACGUUUUGACCGAACAAGCUUCCCAGGAGCGCCAGGAUAAAGUCCUGCCCAAGCUGGAUGCCUUCAUGCAUGGCAAGGAGCUGUUUGCUUGCCACUCAGCAGUGCACGACUUCCAGACCAUCCUGGACACCCUGGGUGGCCCUGGUGAGCGGGAACGAGCUAAGGCUCUCCUUGCCAGGCUAACUAUGGUGCCUGACCAGCCCUCAGAGAGGACGCAGCGCCUCGUUGCCAGCUCUAAGGUUAACCAUAGAUCACUUAUGAUCUUCGGAACUGGGGAUACUCUACAGGCUGUGACCAUGACUGCUAACAGUGGGUUUGUGCGUGCAGCCGCGAACCAGGGAGUGCGCUUUAGCGUGUUUAUUCAUCAACCUCGAGCGCUUACAGAAGGGAAGGAAUGGAGAGCAACGCCGAUAUGAUCGAGCCAUCAAACAUGCGCUACGUACAAAUUGAGUACCUUUCUAGAGCACUUUAAUUAAUGCCUGUUAUGUUCUAGAUGCAAGAGGCGCUGCCGUGCGGGGCGUGUGUUGCACAACGCAGCAGGAGCCGCAUCUCAGUCGGUCCAGGCUGCAUGAAUACCAAAUGGCACUGCGUUGUCAGAAAUAUCUAUCAUCAAUCCACAGAAACGUUACACUGUGUUUGUAUUGAAUGGUUACCAGCUUAUCAAUGAUUUAGUUCAAAUUGAUUUUCUUUAUUUGGAUGUGCGACAGAUAAAUAACAGUGUAUGGAACUUUUUGUUUUGCACAAAUGUAAAAUAAAUCUGUAUAAUGGCU